AUGUCGAAACACAUCACCAUCCCCAUUGACAGCGGUUGGACUUUUAAACAGGCAGACAAGACCGAGUCGGAAUUUCUCCCUGUUGCCCAGUUUCCUACGAAUGUCCAUCUAGACCUUAUUGCCAACAACAUCAUCGCCGAUCCCUUCAUAGGAAAGAACGAGAAUGAUGUUCAAUGGAUUGGUGAGGUUCCCUGGGUCUAUAGGACCACCUUCCCAUCCCCCACCCUCUCCACAACUGAGCGGAGGACGAUCAACGCGGUCCUGGCAUUUGAUGGUUUAGAUACUUUUGCCACGGUGACCUUGAAUGGUAAAACGAUUUUGAAGACAGAGAAUAUGUUCAUUCCGGAGCGAGUGGAUGUGACAACAGACCUGAAAAAGGAAGGCAAUAAUGAGCUAGAAAUCACAUUUGAGAGUGCGUAUCUCAAAGGUUGUGCCCUCGUGGAGAAAUACCCCGAUCACCACUGGGGAUGCUGGAAUGGUGAUAAUUCCAGGCUUGCGGUUCGCAAGGCACAAUACCACUGGGGGUGGGACUGGGGACCCGCACUGAUGACAUGCGGUCCAUGGAGACCGAUCAACCUCGAGAUUUUCUCGUCGCGCAUUUCGGAUCUCUACUUCACAACCAACGUUGAUGAGUCACUUAAAUCCGCCGAGUUUGUAGCGAAAGUUGAUAUCGAAGGCGAUGCAUCAGAGGUCGAGCUCCAUAUAUCCCUAGAUGGCGAGGUUGUGGCUUCAACUACUGUAAAAGCCGUCCAGGGCCAUGCGACCUACACCUUCACCACCCAGAACCCGGAGCUAUGGUAUCCUAUCCGCUAUGGCAAGCAGCCUCUUUAUUCUGUCACUGGGAGACUGCUUCAGAAUGGCUCGGAACUCGACGCCAACACCAAGAAAUUCGGUUUGAGAAGAGCAGAACUCAUUCAACGCCCCAUGAAGGAGCAGCCAGGCACAACCUUCUUCUUUGAGAUCAACAAUGUUCCUGUCUUCUGUGGAGGUAGCGAUUGGAUCCCAGCAGAUAACUUCAUCCCAAGGAUUACCAAGGAGAAAUAUUAUGACUGGGUAAAAAUGGUAGCUGACGGCAACCAGUUUAUGAUUCGGGUUUGGGGUGGUGGAAUAUUUGAAGAGCAAGCAUUUUAUGAUGCAUGUGAUGAAAUGGGUAUCCUGGUUUGGCAAGAUUUCCUGUUUGGCUGCGGGAACUAUCCUGCCUUCCCUGAAUAUUUGGAGUCUGUGAAGAGAGAAGCAGAAGAGAAUGUGAAGCUUCUUCGGCACCACCCUUCGAUUAUUAUCUGGGCCGGAAAUAACGAGGACUAUCAAUACCAGGAGUCUGAAAAUCUAACAUACGACUUUGAGAACAAGGAUGCUGAAUCCUGGCUCAAGACAGAUUUUCCUGCUCGGUACAUCUACGAAAAGAUUCUGGUAGACACUUGUAACGAGUUGAUACCAGACACAUACUACCAUUUUGGCAGCCCAUGGGGUGGUAAAGACACUAGGGAUCCUACAGUUGGUGAUAUUCACCAAUGGAACGUCUGGCAUGGCACACAGGAGAAAUACCAGAACUUUGACAAGCUUGUGGGCCGAUUCGUCUCCGAAUUUGGCAUGGAAGCCUUCCCAAAUAUCAAAACCAUAGAAGCAUUCCUUCCUUUGGGAAAGGAUGAUCCCGAUCGAUUUGCUCAAUCAUCCACUGUGGAUUUCCAUAACAAAGCUGAUGGCCACGAACGCCGUAUCGCGCUGUAUCUCGUCGAAAACUUCCGUUAUGCACCCGAUCCGUUGGAGCAGUUCAUUUACUCAACCCAACUCAUGCAAGCAGAAUGCUUGGCCAGUGCCUACCGUCUUUGGAAACGUCAGUGGAAGGGUCCAGGCAGGGAAUAUUGCGGUGGUGUGCUUGUAUGGCAGACUAAUGACUGCUGGCCGGUGACCUCCUGGGCUAUUAUUGACUAUUUCCUCCGUCCUAAACAUGCUUAUUACACCGUCAAACGCGAAAUGGCACCGAUUUCACUCGGAGUCACCAGGACAGAACAUUCUGUGCCGAAGGACAAAAAUACUCGGGCUUAUAUCGAGAAGACAACGAAGAUCGAAAUCUGGGGCUCCAAUCUCACGUUGGAAGACUUGACCGUCGACGUGGUAGUCAAAGCUUUCGAUGUUAUCAUAGGCGAAGAGACUUAUUCGAAGACUGUCAAAUCAUCCUUCCUCCUCCCGGAGAAUCGAAGCACCGAAAUUGUCGACUUUCCUGUCCCAGUUCGUAACAAAGAUUCAGGGGAGGAAUACAAGACGGUAGUCGCUGCCUACCUGUUCCAGGAUGGUGUCCAGAUAGCACGGUAUAUUAAUUGGCCGGAACCGUUGAAAUACGUUCAUCUGCAGAAGCCCAAGAGUCUCCAGGCAGAAUUGAGCAGCGAUGCAAAGGUGGUCGAGAUAAGUGCUGAGGUUCCCGUCAAGGGAGUAGCCCUCGAGUGUGCUGACGGUGAGGUCGUAUUCGAGGAUAACCUGGUGGAUAUCAUACCGGGAGAAACUGUCUGUAUUGGAGUCAAGGGCGCAGGAGAAGGAACGAAGAUCGAAACAAGGUAUCUUGGGAUGGUUUAA